AUGGCGUUCCUGGGUGCCUUCAAGCGAAGGCGCCAGACAGGCCCAGUGGAAGAGCCAACCAUCACGGUCGCCGAGGAUCACGUCGAAAUGCCGUCUGUCACGAAGGACAAGCUGGACGGCACAGUCGUGGAUGAGGAGACCAUCAAGGCGCAGGGCGAGACGGCGGCCAUUGAGCAAGAGAGUCACGACAACCCCGAAAUCGCCGCGCUGCCUCUGCAAGUCCGCCAGCUGAUCAAUCUGACGGACGAUCCCACCCUGCCGACCAUUACCUUCCGCUAUUUUGUGCUUGCGGUGCUUUUCGUGAUUCCCGGCGCGUUUCUGUCUCAGAUGAGCCACUUCCGUACCACCCAAGCUCCAUACUCCGUCUUCUUCGUCCAGAUCGGGUGUCACUACGCCGGCCACUUUUUGGCUCGGACACUUCCAGCCUGGAAGAUUGGACUGCCCGGAACACGCUGGGGAUUUAGCCUAAACCCGGGGCCCUGGAGUAUCAAGGAACAUGUGCUGGUCACCGUGACGGCCGCUUCGGGCGCCACGUAUAACCUGGGCUAUGCUCCGAUCGUACUAGCAGAGCUGUGGUAUGGAGAGCGAAUCAAUCCCGCCGUGGCCAUUUUCUUCAUGCUGUCGAUUGUCUGGAUUGGGUAUGCCUUUGCGGCCCUGGCACGAAACAUCCUGCUGCCGGACCCGGAGUACAUCUGGCCCCAGGCGCUGAUGCAGACGACUCUCUUCGAAACAUUCCGGAAGACCGAUACCUCGUCGCGCGUCGCACGGCGUCAAAUGAAAGUUUUCUUCUUCGCUCUGCUGGGAAUGACCCUGUGGCAGUUCCUUCCAGAGUAUGUUUUCCCGUUUACUUCGUCGCUGGCCUUCCUGUGCUGGGUGGCGCCGCGGAAUCCCGUCGCCAACUUCAUUGGAUCCGGGUUAGGAGGCAUGGGCUUUCUCAAUCUCUCGUUGGAUUGGUCGAACAUCAACUGGAACGGAUCGUCCAUCAUGCUUACUCCGUGGUGGACGCAGGUUCUGCUGUUUUUGGCCUUUGCGUUCAACUGUUGGGUGCUGAUCCCCGCCGCGAAGUGGGGAAAUCUCGGUACUUUCAAGCAUGGGAUUAUGUCCAAUAGCCUCAUGCUGGCUAACGGCACCAGCUACCCGACUACCGAUGUGCUCACACCGGACUAUCACCUGAACCAGACCGCGUACGAGCACUACGGCCCCAUGUACAUGGGCCUGCAGAACGUGUGGGCCACGUUCUUCGACUACGCCAAGCUUCCAGCAGCAGUGACGUGGAUUGCGACGUUUGGCUUCACGCAACUCAGAGCGAAUUUGAAGAAAAUCCUCGAAGCUCGCAAGGCCGGCAAGUCUUCCAAGGGACAGAGCCAGGGCCAGGGUAUCCACUACCAGUACCAUGACCGUCUGAACGUGAUUCAGAGGCAGUACAAAGAGAUUCCACUGUGGUGGUACUGCGUGCUGUUCCUGGCAGGAUUCAUCAUCCUGAUUACCAGCGUUGCAUGCGGCUAUCUCUUCAUUCCGAUCUGGACCCUGUUUGUGGCCCUGGCCAGUGCCGCUGUCUUUGUCAUUCCCUUCGCAUGGCUGUAUGCCAUCUCCAACUACCAGCUCGAGACAGGCUCCUUCAACGAGCUGAUGUACGGCUACAUGGUACACACGAAGGCUGGCUCCAGCCACCAGCACCCCUGCGGGCCUUCAGUGUACGGCUCCAUUGCCGGAGACGCCUGGUACCGCGCACAGUACAUGCUGCAGGAUCAAAAGAUCGGGCAUUACAUGCACAUUCCACCGCGGGAGAUAUUCUUCUCCCAGAUCUUUGGCGUCUGCAUGGGUGUUCCCAUCAACUACGCUGUCAUUCGGUGGAUCAUGAACACGAAGGGCGACUACAUCACCGGCAAGAAGACCGACCCUCUCAACCAGUGGACCGGUCAGAGUCUGCGAACCUCCAACACCAUGGGUGUCCAGUACGCCAUCCUGGGUCCCAAGCGACUUUUCGCCGAAGCAGAAAUGGCACCGCUGCCCUGGUCGUUCCUCGUUGGGGCCGUCAUCCCACCCAUACUAUAUGUUCUCCAUCGAUUCUUCCCACGGCUGCGAAUCGAUCUGUGGAAUGUCAGUAUCUUCUUCGGGGGUCUGGCGAUGUUCUACGGAAACGUCAGUACCGGCUAUACGUCGGCGAUCAUUGGCGGCUAUAUCGUGAUGUACUGGGCGUACCGCAAACACUUCGAGGUGUGGAAGCGCUACAACUAUUUGCUUGCCGCUGCUUUUGAUGCAGGGUUCAAUCUGAACAUGUUGCUCAUCUUUUUCUUCUUUGGCGCUGGCAAGCAGAUCUCGAUGCCGAAGUGGUGGGGUAACACCGGUGAUUCGGUGGAACGAUGCUUUGCUCUGAAUAGCUAG